AUGGACAACGCCCCUUGCCAUAACCAAGCUGCAGUAUUUUCCAACGUCAAAUUGUUACGGCUGCCUCCGAACCGUUCUUCGAUGUUACAACCAAUGGAUCAGGGCGUGAUUUGGUCUUUCAAAUGUUCGUUUCGGAAACAUUUACUGGAAUUUGUUCUGUCUUUGAUCGAAGAUGAGCAAUGUUUCAUGAAAGCCGAGGUAAACAUUCUCAUGGUCAUGCAUCUGGUCAAGAAAUCUUGGGUGUCUGUGCAUCCACACGUACUGAUCAACGCUUUCAUGAAAGCAGGGUUCAAAUUCACAUUGAUUCAACCGAUGAUGCAGCCGCCGGGAUAA